AUGGCAUGGGAAAAUCAGACUUUCAACUCUGACUUCAUCUUGCUGGGAAUCUUUGAUCACAGCCCCAUCCACACCUUCCUCUUCUCUCUGGUCUUGGGCAUCUUCACAGUGGCCCUCAUGGGAAACACUAUCAUGGUUCUCCUCAUCCAUCUGGACACUCAACUCCACACCCCCAUGUACACGCUCCUCAGCCAGCUGUCCCUUAUGGACCUUAUGCUCAUCUCUACCACUGUCCCCAAGAUGGCCUUCAACUACUUGUCUGGAAAGAAGUCUAUCUCUCCGGCUGGUUGUGGAACUCAGAUUUUCUUAUAUGUGUCCCUCCUUGGAGCUGAAUGUUUCCUGCUGGCUGCAAUGGCCUAUGACCGGUAUGUUGCCAUUUGCUACCCAUUACGAUAUUCAAUUCUCAUGAGCCAGAAAAUAUGUUGUCUCAUGGCUGUUUCUUCCUGGAUUGUUGGCUCUCUUGAUGGCAUAAUCGUUAUUGCAGUUGCACUGUCUUUCCCAUACUGUGGCACCCGGGAAAUACCCCACUUUUUCUGUGAUGUCCCUGCCCUUCUCACUCUCUCAUGCACAAACACAUUGCUAUUUGAAAGGUUGAUGUUUAUUUGCUGUAUAAUUAUACUUCUUUUCCCUGUAGCAGUCAUCAUUGCUUCCUAUGUCCAUGUUAUUCUUGCUGUUGUUCACAUGGGAUCUGGAGAGGGUCGCCGCAAAGCUUUUGCUACCUGUUCCUCCCACCUCAUGGUUGUGGGAAUGUACUAUGGGGCUGCCAUGUUCAUAUACAUGCGACCUGUUUCUGAUCGUUCUCCCACCCAGGACAAGAUGGUAUCAGCCUUCUACACCAUCCUUACUCCCAUGCUGAAUCCCCUCAUCUAUAGCCUCCGCAACAAGGAAGUGGCCAGAGCAUUCAUGAAGGUGUUAGGGAAGGGCAAGUCUCAAGGGCAAAUUUCCUAA